GUUAAAAUAUAUUUCCUCUUUCUGAGUAAAAGCAACAACAGGUUGAGUAGAAUGCCCCCUAGUGUUGGUGAAAAUCAUCAGAGUUCAAAGACGGCGUGUUAACGUGACUCUUGAAAGCUCCACCCACUUUUUCAUCUUCAACCGUUUCUAGACUUUUCUGGCGGGGUGGUUACAGGUUAUCUCCUCUCCUCUUCGAACGAUUGUGGAAUCAUGUUGAUUAAAACCAGACUGGGUGAUGUCCAAAAAUUUGUCAGAAUAACAGAGCCGAAUCUGAAAGAGUUUUUGGUCGCAGCAUUUGCAAAGUUUGGUGUGCCAGCUCUGACAGAAGAUGUGAAAGUUUUUGACACUUCGGGAACUGAGUUGGAUGAUGAUGUAUUUGAGGAUGUAGUUAAGGAUCCCUCAACUGGAGUGCUAACCAUCAAACUUGACACUGAAUCUGUUUCUAUGGUGUCUCCUGAGCAAUCGGAACCAUCAUCCCUCAAUUCGUCUGAUUCUCAAGACACAAUCAUCCUUUCAGAGAGUCCUUCCAGUAAACGGCAGAGGCUGGACACAGAAGCCAAACAUUUGGUAGAAACCAUUUUGACCAAGAAGCCAGGUGGGGAAAGCAUUAUAAAUGAAUAUAAUCGAAACAAGUCCUUGACAGAUGAAACCAGAAGGAAAAUGGUGAACAUACUAGCGGCUGACAUAACAGAGAAGAAUGGUACAUCACCACCCAGACAGGUAAAAGAAAUGUAUGCCAGAGGUAUUGUGAGCUUGUUUCCCCACCUCAGUGAUCCAUUCUCUAGGACUGGCUCUGAGCAUUAUUAUGAUGGUGAAAGUGGGUCUGGGUACCUGGCCUGGAGAAUUAAAACUAUUCAGAGAUCUGCUGCCAAAGAACGUCGAUCAUCAUAUGGAACAUCAUCUGCAGGAGCAUCUCAUGAAGAUGGACCUGGAGGACCAGCUGCCAGACGAGAGCCCCAGUUUGUCCCAGAGAUUGUCCUGAGUGAAGAUGAGUGUAAGGAAGCUGUCGCAUUGAUGAAACAUUCAGCUGAUGAGGACACCAUCAAGAAAAAGAUGAAGCUGACAUUUGACUUCCGCCGCAACAUGGUCCUCGACCCACAGCAGUCAAGCAACAUACUGUCUGUCUUUCCACGUUUCAAGGAUGUCAAAGGCUUGGUGGAACAGGAUUUUGUUCUGAUGUUUGGGGAAGAUGUCUCGGGGAAGUUUCUGGAGAAAUGGACAACCGCAUUCAAGAAAAAGAUCAUCCAACAAUGCAGAAAGCUUCCAUCGACCAGAGAGCUUGAAGAUCUCCUCCUGGCAGCUGACACUCCUGAGGAUGGCACUGAAGUGGAUGACGACAUUGGUUGGGACAGUGACCUCGCAUCAAUUUUGCUGCUGUUACACCUGAUUCCCCCCUCUGCCCAAGGCCGCAAGAGACCAGGAAAGGUGUCUGCUUCCCAAGCAGAGAAGCAUCUGUUAGUCUUCAAGAAGUCAGGAACCAGUAUCCAAGAACAUCUGGAUUCUAUCACAACAAGCACACAGCCCUACCUCCUGGCUAUAGGACGAAGUAGGAAAUCAGCCCACCAAUUUUUCAUCAUACUUGACAAAAGUGCCAUCGCUUGCAGGUCGGCCUCCUCAAUUGGUGCCUUUGACGAACUGUUUAAAGCGCAUUAUGUUUUUGCAACAACAUACCACCCGAUGCUGUACAACAUGUUCACGUUCAUCCAGACCACUGUGUACAACAUAGAUGUAGGAAAAGUCAAGGAGAGUCCUCGUGUAGCUGAAGUUCGGGCUCGGUUGCUUCAUUAGUACACGAAUGGAUCUGUUCAGUCAUGAAGUGUUUUGUCUGUCAGUCUGAAUUACCUUCUGCGAAUACUCUUGAUAGGCAUUUACGAGUAGUUCAUGGUUACUUGGAUGGAAAAAAUCUUCGUCUUAAAUGUUCUCAGACUGGAUGUGGCCGUGUGCUUGGAACAUUUUCUGGGUUUAGAAAACAUUUAAAUGCCAAGCACACUGACAAUACUAAUCAACAAGUUAACGUCAGUUCAAGCAGAGCAGACCUUGGUGAUGCAGGAGAGCUGGUGACAACUAAUGUAGAGUCGGCCACAACAUCUACCGGUACUCUGCUGACCAAGUCAAAUAUCAGCACUACAGAUAUGUGUACUACUGCUAUUGCACAAGUAAAAGCAGCUGGAUUAAGUCAGUCUAAUGUUGCGAGGUUUGUGUCAGCCAUGGAAGAAGUCAUUUUUGAAAUCCACAGCCAGGCUAAGGAUUUAGCUUUACAGUGCUUGUCUCCACAGGAUGAAGAACAAAGAAAAAAAAUUGAACAGUCCUUCCAAGUAUUAGAAAAUCCAUUCACACCUUUAAAUUCAGAAGCAAAACUAAACAAACAUUUACGAGAAAAAUGGGGACUUUCUGAGCCUGUACAAAAAGUGCUUGGCACAAGAUUUGACAGCAGGAGAAACAAAACUACUGGGACAUAUGAUCAAGUCAUUGUAACUGAUACAUUUGCAUAUAUUCCCAUUUUGGAAACACUGAAGAGUAUUUUACAAGAAGGUGAUACUGCAGAAAUGUUCAAGCCCAGGUAUAUUCCCAGGGAAGGUGUGUAUGCAGACUUGAGAGAUGCCACUUAUUUUAAAGAAAGUCCCCUAUUCUCAAUAGAAAACGAUGCCUUGCAGAU